AUGUCGACCAUAGAGUCAAAUCUUAAGAAUCAACCGAUUGUAUUAAUUUCGGUUUUAUCACAACCUGUAACAACACCACCACCAUCAGUAUUAAUAUCAACUGCAUCGUCAUUAACACCUAAUACAUCAUCACCAGCAAUAUUUCAUGAUGAUAAACCAAUAGAAAAAUAUUAUAAAAAAAAUAAACAAAUUUUAUUUGAAUUUGAUCAAAUUGUUAAAGACAUUCGUUUUCAAUUAAAUGAACAAUUAAAAUGUUUGGAACAACGUAUUGAAACACAAUUAUCAAUUCUUAGUGAAGUUCAAGAAUAUUUUCGUCGUCGUUCUGAUGUUGAAUUUGAUUAUGCAAAAAAUUUAGAUAAUUUACAUAAACAAAUUGGUCAAAGACAUCGAGCACAAAAAGCACGACGAGAAACUUGGAUCUUUCAAUCUAUUUAUAAACUUUGGGAUACAAUUGUUCAAGAUACUCGUACUCAUGUUAAAUAUCAUACAAUUAUGUCUGAUAUUUGUGGAAAAUAUAUGUAUGAUAAAUUUAAUGAAAUAGCUGAAGAUACAAGACGAAUGUUUAUGAAAUGUAAAUCAGUUGGCUUAGCCAGUCAUGAAGAUAUAUAUAAGGUUCUUAAUGAAUUAAAAAGUACAAUGAAAACUUAUCAUCAAUAUCAAAGUGAAAGUAAACAAGCUGAACAAAAAUUAAGCAAUAUUCUACAACAAAUAGCCAAAAUAAAAAGUGCAAAAAAACAAAAAACUAUGGAAAAACGUGUUGAAAAAAGACAAAUGAAAUAUACUGAAACAAAAGUAAAAGCAUUUAAAGCACGUAAUGAUUAUUUAAUGACAAUUGAAUCUGUGAAUGCUGCACUACAAAAAUAUUGUUCUGAUGAUGUACCUGAUUUAAUUGAUUGUAUGAAUUUUGGUUUUCAUACAUCAAUUGCAAAAUGUAUUCAAAUGUAUUUAUCAGCACAAGAAAAUAUUAAACGUGGUCGACAAAUAACAAUUGAAACAUUAAAUCGAGCAAUUGCAGAUUUAGAUACAAUUGUUGAUAAACAAAAAUAUUUAGAAUAUUAUUCAUCAAUAUUUACAAUACCGAAAAGAAUUAAAUUUGAACCACAUAAAGGUGAUGAAGUAUCAACUGUUAAUGCUCAAGUAUUAAUACGUGAUGAAAUGCAAUCACGUUUUAUACAAAUGCAAAAUCGACUUGCUUCAUUAAAAACUGAAAAUGAUGAGAUAUUUAAAACAAUUGAAGCUACUGAACAAUCACUUAUGGAAAAUAUUACUACAAAAAAUUCUGAUGUUUCUGAUCUAUUUAAAGAUCUUAAUUUACCACAAAAUAAUUCAAAAAAUGCACGAAAAGAAAUCGAAGAUUAUUAUGUUGAGAAAUUCAAACAAUAUACAUUAAGCAGUAAUUUAAUCUCACGUUUACAAGCACGCCAUGAUAUUAUGCAAAAAGCAUUAGGUGCUACACCACCAGCUGGUGCUGCUGAAGAUAAUAAUCUUAUAAGUCGUCCGAUAAAACCUAAACAAAUUGGUCGUGCUCCAAUUCUUGGUCGUCCACGUUUAUUUGGUGGAAAAUUAUUAGAUUAUAUUCAAGUAACACAACAAUAUAUUCCAUUAAUUAUUUCAUCAUGUGUUAGUGCUAUUAAUCGAAUUGGUUUACAUAAUCAAGGUAUUUUCCGUGUACCCGGCGCACAAGUUGAUAUAAAUCAAUUCAAAGAUGCUUUUGAAAAAGGUGAAGAUCCAUUAGUUAAUAUAACAGGUCGAGAAAUGAAUUCAGUUGCUGGUGUAUUAAAAUUAUAUUUUCGUGAAUUAAAAGAACCAUUAUUUGCUCGAGAUAUGUUUGAUUCAUUUAUUUCAUGUAUCAGUAAGUUAAAUUCUAUAAUUAAUCUAAAUUAUUCAACAAAAUUAACAUAA